GCCGCAGUUCAAAAUUACAGUGCGAAUCUGUAUUUUCUUAUUUCUUGUGCGUUGGUUUGUGUCGAAUAAUUUUUAAAUAUUUAUCGAUGCCAGUGAAAUUUAUAAUAACUGUGUUUUUUUCUACUGUGUAAAAUAUUGAGUUUAAUUAUUUUAUUUGUAGUGACUGUGUUUUAUUUAUGUAUAUGUAUAUUUUUUUGUAAAAGUUUGAACCUUUUUUUAUUUAGAAAAUGUUAAACCUAUAAAUAUGAACAGGAUAUUGAUAAACAAGAGAAAUCGCCAACAUUUUUAAGCAGGUGCCGCCAUGGAACUGUCAAUGGCGGGGGACGGGCCUUCGUAGAUUUAAAUCUACGAAGGACACCGUCAAAGCAGCUUAAGGCAUCGUAAAGACUAUGCAAAUUGACCGGUUACAAAGCUUAAUUGCGGUGCUUAUCACAUUUUUUGGUGUAUUGUUAGCAAAUUCGGCAACAGAACCUUAUAUGCCUGUGGAUUGGUUAAACGAUUCGCAUCGUCAGAAUAACCAAAGUCUAAAUCAGGAAUCUCAAGAUUGGUUUGGUGGAGAAGAACCAUCAAUAGAAGAAGAAGUAGCAAAUCAUCGGUGGCUAUCAGGCCGUAGAAGUCAAGAAUACUUACAAAUGAUGGGAGGUCAAGAAGACUGUUGUCCAUCGCAAAUGGAAAUGAUUGAACCUAAAGGUGGAAGUAAUCCUGAUGGCUUAUAUGUUGAACUUUUCAGUGACGGAGCAGACAGACAGCGGUUUUACGAAGUGUCGUGCAAGCCAGGCGUUGAGGGAAAACCCUGUUUAUUCAUGGAACGUAAGUUGCAUAAUCACUCAGUGUGCGUUCAAAGAUAUUCGUAUUCGUACGCCAUUGUCCGUGAAGAAAACGGUCGUCAUCACCACCAUACUGUAAGCGGCGGCAAUAAUAAACAGUUUUCCUCAUUAUUUCCAAGUGAAAACAACGUAUGGAAGUUAGAUUACAUUAAAGUGCGUAGUGGAUGCACAUGUAUGGUACAAACACCAAAGAAAAAACAAAAGCAACGACGGAAGCUAAACAAAAAACAUCAAUGAGAACCAAUGAAAUUAUCAUGGUUCAGCACGGUUUGUUCCGCGAGUUCCCUAUACAAAAUAAUUGCCAAUGGCGUUCAUAAAUAUUAAUAAUUAUUAAUAUUUUCAAUUAUAAUUGAAACCUCCAACGGCGAUAAUGUAACCAAAUAUUUUUUGUAAAAUGUGUGUUCCAAUUUGAAGAAAUAGUCUUAAGUAUCUUUAAGGACGCAGACAUGACAUCAUUGUUAUUAAAAUUAAUUUAAGUAUAAUUAUUUUUAUUAAUUUCGAGCAGCUUAAAAAUAUAGAAUAUUCAAAAGGUCUGGUUAACUUUUUGAAGCUGUUAUACAUUUCUUUUUGUAAAUAGUUAUCUCUUAGAUCUGAAAAACUAUAAUAAUGCACCACAUACAGCACAGUCAUACGCCUACAAACAAGUGAGCCUAAUUGAAAUUUAAUAUAAUUGAGUAUUGCAAGUAUGUUUUUAAUAACUACAUUUUUUUACUUAUAUUUAGUCAAUCGAAUGUUACCCUUAGACUUAUUGGUAAUAUAAUUAAGUGUUAUGACUGCUGCCCAAUGAUAUGUGAAACCUUUUUGGUUUAAAAGUUACCUAUAUAAACUGUUUAAUUCUUAUUAAUCUGUAUAAAUAUUAAAUAAAUUUGAUUAAACUUUAUACAAGUAAUUUUGAUUUCCCGCAGUCUUCCAAAUUGAGAUUACUACAUAUUAUGAAAUUAACUAAGUAUGUAACAUAGUAGUAGUAAAAUAUAUUUACUUAAAUAUAUAUUUAUUUUUUAUUAAUAUUAUAGUGUUAUUGUAGUAUAUAAACAAAUUUGUAAAUUUUAUGUUGUUUAUUUAUUUAUUUUUUAUUGUUCAAUAAUUAACUUUUUUUACUUUUUUUGAUUUUUCCAUUACUAUUUUUUUUUUAUUAUAUUCUUGUGACCCAUUAUUGUAAUUGGUAGCUAUUUUUCUACAAAUUACAUCAUUUUAAGAUGUUAUAUAACAUGAUUAUUGCAUAAUACUCAAUAUUCAGCAUAUUAUAGAUAUACUACAUUAUAAUGUACUCAAUACGCAUAG